UACUCGUAUCAUUGACGGAAACACGGGUGAUUUGCGAUACCGUUCGAAUGUUUAUAAUCAUAACGGCUGCAAAAAAUUGACCUAGGCAAUUUUAGGAGGAAAAAACCGCGCGGACUAUAACGGCAAAACUCACAACAUUAAAUCAUUGUUUUCUACUCCAGCAAUUGAAAGGCCCUGUUAUGUGUGGUCUGUCGUAGCCAAACUACUACUUAGAUGAACAACACGUUACGUGCGAUUUUGGCAAAAUUGUUGGGUCUACGGUCAGGUUGCUACUAAGAACAAGUUUGUAGGAAACACGUUUCGCGCGUUAUCCACCACCAGACUCAAACAAGCCGACACGGUCCAGCCCAUUUGCUACAUUUGCUGAUACUUACUCGUGCUACUGCAAAAAAACAGAAACGGCGGAAUCGCUUUUGUUUGCCUUCCUCAUUCUUCUGAUUUAUCGGGAAUUGUAUUAACUUGCCACGAGUAUUUCACGAAUAUAACGCGCUUUGUGAUAAGCGGAAGUGACAUUCAACUGUGAAUUCGUUGGGGCCAAUAAAAUCUGUGACGAAGAUUGCCCAUUGGAUGCGGAGCUAAUUCAGUGUCAGUGAUAGAGUGAUAAUACAGCAAGAGUUGCAGCAUAGUGCAUCAGAGAGUUCAAAGUGAACUGGAAUUUGUGUAAAUGUUACUUGCCACCCAAAACCACAUUAGUUUCAAAUCAGUUAAGAAAUUUUUACUUCGACCUCGUGAAGAUCUUUGAAAACGAAGGUCAACACCAAAAACAUCUGGGAGAGUUAAGUUCCAACCGUUGAGACCCGAAAUAAAAGGCUUACAAAAAUCUCCGUUACUCCGUUCAUUUUCAUUUCUACUUGAUUGAGGCGCAUUUUUUUGGCAGCAGCGAAGGGGAUACCAACAAAAGCUCGUCCACAUAGGAUGGUAGAAACUGAACCUGAUUCAAAUACCUCAAAGUAUACCGAUGUAAAAGACGAUAGAGUAGCAAACGGCGUCGGUACCCCUAUCGAGCACCCGCACACCGUCGAAGUGCCGUCGGAAAAGCCCAGCAAGGCGGACCAUAUCCACCAAACCGGACUGCAGAUUGCCUCCACGAAGCAGCAGAUCAAAGCGUCGCUCGAUCCCGAGCGAGGCUACACCAGCAAAGCUGACUUCGAGCAGGCAAUAGAGCUCACUGGUUAUGGCAGAUUUCACUACAUCUUACUAGCAAUAUGUGGUCUUGUAAGCACCAGCGAGGAGAUGGACGUCAUCUCGAUGUCUUUCAUCCUACCCUCGGCGCAGUGCGAUCUCGACCUGAAUACUCAAUCCAAAGGAUGGCUCAAUUCGAUCAUUUUCAUUGGCAUGAUGGUUGGAGCUUACGUUUGGGGAAGCGUUGCCGACUCGCUGGGUAGGAAGAAAGUCCUCAUCGUUAUCUCCAUCAUGAACGCCAUCUGUAUUGUCGCAUCUUCAUUCUCGCAGAAUUAUGAAGUGUUCAUGCUGUUUCGUUUCCUCAAUGGAGCUGCAUUGGGUGGCAGUGGGCCUGUAAUUUGGUCAUAUUUUGCGGAAUUCCAACCGAAAGCUAAGCGAGGAUCUAUGUUGAGUUUUAUGGCUGCGUUCUGGACUAUUGGUAAUCUUCUGGUUGCUGGUCUAGCCUGGCUCAUCAUUCCAACAAAUAUUGGCUUUCACACCGCAAGCUUCACCUUUAACUCCUGGCGCAUAUUCUUGAUGGUAUGCUCAAUUCCAUCAUUCAUCGUAGCGGGUCUACUUUUAUAUCUACCAGAAUCUCCAAAGUUCCUGCUGUCGCAAGGAAAAAUAGAAGAAGCUCUUGCUAUAUUCCGCGGUAUUUACGUUACGAACACCGGAAAACCACAAGAAUUGUAUCCAGUGAAGGAGUUGUUAAUCGACGAAAAACUCAAGAAUGAGCUAGAGGAAGUCAAGAAACCCAUCAAGAACAAGUACAAAAGGAUGCUGUAUAACAUUAUGGACAACAGCAAGCAGUUGUUCAUGUCACCAAUUCUGAAGUUCACCACUAUCUCCAUCACUAUCAACUUCACGUUCCACAUAGGUUACUACGGCCUGAUGAUGUGGUUCCCUGAGCUGUUCAAUCGCUUCGAUGAGUUCGCACGUGCGCACCCAGAUGUUGAAGAAGCCUCCGUCUGUCAAGUCACCGAUUAUGUUGUCAGUCUUGGCUCACACUCGAAUACCGGGGUAUGCUCGGCCACCAUUCCAAGCACAGUGUUUCUCGAAUCACUCAUCACUGUGGCCGCUGCAUUGCCAGCAAACGUAAUUGCUGUACUUGGAAUGGAUAAACUAGGUAGAAAAUUCUUCCUUGUGUUUAGUACAAUGUCAGCCGGUUUAUGCUCCGCAUCGAUGUAUUUCAUCACCAAUAAACAUCAGAAUUUAGCCGUAUCGGCUGUCUUCAGUGGUGUUAUAUCGAUGGGCAAUGCAUCGCUGGAUUGCCUUAUAACCGAGGUAUUCCCAACGAAUUUAAGAGCUACUGGUGUGGCCAUUUCAAUGGUAGCAGCCCGACUUGGUGGUAUUAUCGGUAAUGUCGUGAUAGCCACACUUCUCGACAUGUACUGUCCUGCGCCAACAUUCAUCGUUGCGGUCCUAUUGGCCAGCGGUGGUCUGAUGUGCCUCUUCUUGCCGAACACUACAAGGACAGCAUUGUCGUAACCGUCAAUCGAACGUACAUACGUAAAAGGAUUCAAUCCCGAAGCUAGUGAUGUAGAAUUACGAUCUAAACAAAUGUCAUUUUCUUCUAUUCGAAGUUUCUUUUACCAUUGCUCUUUUGUAAAAUCUGCUAUGUUUUCAAACCUCCAUUUAUUUCUUGUUCUUAACCUCACAUGAAAUCUCAAAUCACAUCGAAAGAUCUUGUAAUCAAUGAAUUUAAAUUAGGGUUAAAAGUUGUACAUCUAAGAAAAUGCUUUACAAAUAUCAUUUGCUGCCAUCAGCAAAUUUGGAGCAAGUUAUUGGUUCAUACCAUUGUUUAGUUUUAUAUAGAGCAAUAUAAAAACUUAACUUAAACAUGUAAAAAAACAUAUUGGAGUAAAAUACGAAACAAGGAAAUGAAUUGAAAAUUACAACAAUA